CACUGGCGCUCUAGGUGGGAUAAUCUCGUGUUUUUAUAUCGAAGCCAGUUCGACCCGAGAACCCAAGUGAUUUCAAUCCUUUUAGUGGGAGUUUCAAUAAUUUGAUGGUGGUUUGCACGAGGCUCCCAGAAUGAGUAGCCACUUCAUAAAGACAUCACAAACCUCAUCGCAGCAUGUCCGCAUCAAGACACAAGAAAGCUAUUUAGAAACACGCAGCGGCCACGAAAGCUCAAGCCACACCAUCACGAUGACAAAACGAGGUGGAGCUGAGGUGUUCACCGUGUCGCAAGAUUUCAAAGCAGACGAACCCGAUGCGGUGAGCGUGCACAGAGGUGAAAAAGUGGUUUUGAUGAACACCAGAAGCCAAGACCCAUCGAAACGAGUCCGAUUUGACUUCGAUCUCGAUUUAGAUUUCGGAAUGGACGUGGAGCAGUUGUUGGACACAAGCGCGGCCAAACACAAGAUGUCGGUUAAACCGAAACGCAACUACAUGAAAGGAUCCUCACAAUCAAGAUGGAGCAUCCAAUCAUUGGAAGAUCCGGAGAAGCAAGGGCUGGUGCCGAUGGUUCUCCUGACACCGCAUGAAGUCUCGCCUAUGUCCGAAUCAAUGCAAGAUAUCGCAUUUAGAAAAGAGGCCGUUAUAUCGGAGCUGGUCGAGACAGAAGAAGAAUUUUGCAGGGACCUGAUGCAGGUAGUGGACAGAUACAUCCGACCCUUGGACGGGCCCACGGUGCCGAGAUUCGUCAGCGACAAGAAGGAGUCACUCUUCGGCAAUUUCAGGGAAAUCGCCAUUUUCCACAACACGGUGUUAUUGGAAGGCAUAAAAUAUUACGCAAAACAGGAGCCAAAGGCGCUUGGAAGGACGUUUUUACGAAUGGAGCGGGAUUUUGACAAACACGCCGCCUAUUGCCACGAUGAGCCAUUAUUUCAAGAUUUCCUCCAAGAUAACGAAGACAUCAGAACUUGGUUUGAGGACUUAGCCGCGAGACUUCACGAUGACAAGAACCUCAGCGAACAUCUAAAGCUUCCGAUCCAGCGGAUUAACGACUACCAGUUGCUCCUUAAGGAACUUGUCAGGUAUUCUGAGAAAUUAAACGAGGACACAACCGACCUAAGCAAGGCUUUGGAGUUGAUGCUCGGUAUCCCUCAUCGAUCAAACGAUUUGAAAUACAUAAAUAAUAUAGAAGGAUACCACGGGGAUAUUCACAAACUUGGACGCCUUUUAAGACAUAACUGGUUCAAGUUGAAAGGAAAAGACGGAAAAACACAUGAACGAUAUCUAUUCCUCUUCAAAGCUAGGAUUCUAGUUUGCAAAGUAAGGAAAAUUGGUGACGGUAGAUAUGUGUUUGUUCUUAAGGAGAUAAUAAGGCUACCUGAGGUUGAAGUCAAAGAUCAAAACGAUUCUCAGUCAUUCGACGUUGGACCCUACACCCUAACAAGCCACGGAGACAACGCCAAAGAACCUUGGCUUGCGGAAAUACAACAUUACGCACGAAACGCACUAACAUUAGCUGAACACGCUGCGGAUGAUUUACGACUCAAAGAGGACGAUAACAAAAAUAUUGUACCAUUGAAAGGAAUCGAAUUAGAUACUGUGCCCGGACAACUUUCAGACGAAGACAUGGAUAAAUCAACGAGUUUGGCAAGCAGGCGAACUUCUUUGACCAAACGUGUUGAAGAAUUAAGGUCGGGAAGUAUAACCGAAAGUGUCAGACAUGAAGAAGUAAUAUCAUCAUCUGUAGUAAUACGAGAAGAAAUGGAAGAAGACAUGACAAGUCGCUGUAUUACUAACCAAUCUCUCUUCAUUCAUACCAUCGAAGGACUUAAUGUUGAACCUGGUGGCAGUGCUGCAUUCGAAUGUGAAAUUGAUGCAAAAUCAAUUGUCUGGUUGAAAGACAAUAGACCUUUGUCAGACCGCUUGGCAGACAGAGUUACGCAGAUGUCUGUUGGAAAUGUUCACCGUUUGGAAAUUUUAAAUGUGAUUGAAUCAGAUGCUGGUGUCUACACAGCACACGCCACAACCAAAUCAGGACAAGUUUCAACAUGCACAGCUAAUUUGGUCGUUCACAAAUUGACUAAUGAAGAAAGAAAGGCCAAGAAUGGUCCCCAUUUCUUAGUGAGACUUAAAGACACUGAACUACUUCAAAACACCUAUUUAAGAUUCUUGAUCAAAGUGAAAGGUGAUCCCAUGCCAACUGUUGAAUUUUUCAAAGAUGACAAGUUGAUCACAUACAAAAAUGAAAGAAUGUGUGUGAAAACUGAACAAGCAGCUACUGGAUAUUACGAAUUGGUAAUCCCAGAAGUUCACACAUCUGAUGCUGGAAUGUAUAAAUGCGUCGCCACCAAUAGAUUUGGCGAAGCGACCUGUGAAGGAUUGUUGUGUGUUGUAGAAGACAAUAAAAAUCGAAACAGAUUUGAGUCACAAGCAGCAUCAACAAAUCAACAAUAUGAUAAGAACAUCUUUGAAAGUCUCGAUGACAAGAACAUUCAGCCAGAAUUUUCAUGGAUUAAAGAUGGAAAACCUUUCGAUGCCGAGGAAAGAUUCAAAGUAUUAUUUCAGGAUGAAGAAGAUUCUUUGGCUCUUGUGUUCACUCAUGUAAAGCCAGAAGAUGCCGGUUUGUAUACUUGUGUUGCGUCGACAUCUACAGGGAAAAUAUCUUGCAGUGCUGAGUUAACAGUACAAGGCAAUGUUAACUUGUUGACUCGUGAGCCAGAAGCCGCUAAGAUUAAAUCUUCUACUACAACAUACGAGACAAAUAUUGGCUCGUCUGCAAUGCUAGAAACCAAAGUGACAGGAUAUCCAAAACCAGAAAUUAAAUGGUUCAAAGAGGGAGAGGAAAUCAAAAUUAGCGAAAAGUAUAAAGUUCUUUAUGAGGAUGAUGAAACAAGUUCUCUAGUUAUUAAGAACAUUACUCUUGAAGAUAUGGGUGAAUACACCGUCGUCGCAAGCAAUCUGUCUGGAAAAUCUGAGGAUACUGUUAAACUCAAUGUCAAAGCUGCGCCUUUUUUUACGAAAAAGUUGACCGAUGUUCAUGCCAUGUCCAGUCAAGAGAUUAGAUUAAAUGUCAACAUUGGUGGUAAUCCUAAGCCUACAGUUGCAUGGUACAAAGAUGGAAAAGAAGUGUCGGAAUCUGACCAUGUGAAACUGAUUGAGGAAGGUUCAUCAUACACACUUCUCAUUGAAAAAUGCAAUCUAUAUGAUGUCGGCUCAUACUCCGUCAUUUGCAAGAAUGAAGUAAGCCAGUGCUCAGAGUUCUGUAAAGUUGAUGUAGAAGGAGCUCCUAUAUUCACAAGGACUUUGAUUAAAAAUGCGGAAACUGAAGAAGGAGAUAGUUUAACAUUCCUGGUCAAAGUUCAUGGAAAACCGAUGCCGUCCGUUGAAUGGUUUUACAAAAAUAAACCAGUUGUUUUGGAUUCAAGAUGUAAAACAAGCAGUGACAAUGAUACAUACACAUUAACAAUCAAUGCGAUUAAUAAAAACGAUGCUGGAGAGUACAGCUGUCGGUUGACAAAUGUUCACGGUACAGCCACCGAUCAUGGACAACUUUUUGUAAAAACAGCUCCCGUUUUUAUCAAAGGAAUGGGACAUUUGAUGGCACAAGAAGGAGACACGAAUGUUGGUUUUACUGUGGAAGUCGCUUCAUACCCAAAAGGACAUAUCAAAUGGUUUCACGAUGAUGUAGAAAUCAAAUCAAACAGUUCAGAUUAUAGUUUCAAAGAAGACAACGAUAGUUACACUCUUGUACUUAAAAAUGUUAAGAGAGAAUCAUACGGAUCGUAUAAAUGUAAAAUUGAAAAUCAAUAUGGAUGUAAUGAUUCAACAGCUGAGCUUACUGUGCUGUGCAAACCACAGUUUAAAAAGCCAUUAAGCGACAUGACAGUAAAUGAGGGUGAUACUCUUACACUCAAAGUGGAAAUAGACGCAACCCCAGAGCCAACAGUUAAAUGGUACAAAGACGGUCAAGAAUUGACGGAAGACGCCCAUAUAAAAAUAUCAAGAGACAGCCAUAGAGUUGAAACAUACGAGCUUACAGUUAAUUUAGUCAAGGCUGAAGAUAGUGGAGAAUAUGAGGUCCGCGCUAUCAAUGAAAUGGGUUCUGCUGUCACAAAAAAUACUGUGAUUGUUCAAAAAAUUUCAACAGGGGACAUGUCGUCAAAGGCUGGAUUUAAGGAAACCGUCAAAGAGCCGGAUGAAAUCCAAGAGAUUACAAUGCAAGUAAAUGGAGUACAGUUGCCAUCUGAUAACCUGAAAAAUAUCUAUGAAAAGCGGGAGGCCUUCGUCGAUUAUCAAGAAUUUAUUAUGAACGAGGAAGACGGUAGCUUUCGUACAGUAACAAAGCACGGAUUUCGAUGUGUCGAAGUGUCGAGCGAAUGUCACCUACAAGAAUCGAGUGCCUGUUUGGUCGAAGAAUUUUCUGACAGUGAAGAUAAAUCUCUAAAGGUUGGAAGGAACCGUGGAAUAUCUAUUGUGUCUGUUGAUGAUGACGAGGAAAAUUCCAGUCACAGCCGUUGUGCUUCUAUUCCGAAAGAUGUAGACAGCACAAAUGAAAAUCCUGUCAUCUUAGAAUGUCAAGAUCUCAAUACAGAAACAACUGAAAGCCAGGAAAAGCUUGAAAAUGUUUUACCCAAAAACACCGAUAAUAAUGACACAUCAAACAUUAUAGAAAAAAGUAAUAGUAAACUUAAUGUACCUACUACACAAAACAAUAUCGAAGAUCAUGUUAAUAGCUGUAGUGUCGAAGGACCUUCAAAAUCAUUAACAGAAAGCACAAAUCUCGAGUCUCUUUCUGACAACAAAUCACAAAAUGAAAUCAAUGAUUUGAAAUCAGGUGAUUCUGAACUGAAGAACGGUUUCAGCGAGUCUCACGUCAAAGAAGAACCCAUAUCAGACACUGAAUCUGAAUUAGAACAGUCUUUUGAUAUAGCAGAAAGAGUACCACAUGAUGGUAAAAUUAAACAAAAUUCCGAAUCAGACACAGAUGUUGAAUAUGAAUUUAUAAAAGAUGAAGCACAAUCAACAGAUAUUGGCCAACUUUCAGGGUCAAAGGGUGAAGAGUUAGAACCAAUUCCGACCAACGGUAUCAAUGCACUCGAAGAUGAAUGCAGUUCAAAUACAGGCAAGCUAAUUGAAACAAUGGAACAACCUGAAAAUCACAACCCGAGUCUUGCUGACACAAAUAAAUCACCUAGCGAUCAAACAAAUAUCGACAGUUCCUUAAAAGAAGAUUCAAAAUCAGAUAAUAAAAAUAAGACAUCCAAAACAAAUGAAAAAGAUAAUGUACAAAAACCUGAUGCUUCACCGAAGGUAGUCAAGUCAGAGAUGAAAGAUAUGGAAGUCUUUGAAUGCUGGGAACACAAAUUUAAUGUUGAAGUUGAUGGUAGACCACAUCCAACUGCAAAAUGGUACAAAGAUGGAAAGGAGCUUGGAAAGUCAGAUCGGUAUAAAAUUCUUGAUGAUAACGGAGUGUAUUCUCUGGAGAUAAUUAAUUGUCAGCUCGAUGAUUCGGCUGAGUAUAAAGUCGUUGUGUCAAAUGUCCUCGGAGAGGCUUCAGACAUGGCCAAGCUUAAGAUAAUACCUGCAAAUGACUUUAGACUGCCGCAAAUAACGACUCCUCUGGUCAAUACAAAUGUUAACAAAGGUGAUAAGGUUGAACUGAAAGUUGUUCUAACUGCAGAUCCGAUUCCUGAAAUCAAAUGGCAAUUCAAUGAAAAAGACGUACCUAGUGAUUUCGUCGCCAGCAGUGACACUAAACCAACCCAUCACAAUCUUAAAGAAUGUACGUACACACUCACUAAUCCAUCAUGCAAGCAUGAAAAUACUGGCCAGGUGUCAUUUACUGCUGAAAACAAUAGCGGAAGGGCCGAGACAUCCGCCCACCUUGAUGUGAUUCUCAAACCUGAAGUCAAAUCAUUCAAAGAUAUAGCGGGAAUACCGUAUGAAGAUGCCCAAUUUACAGCUUAUCUUAACUCAAAUCCUAGAGCUGCAGUUGUUUGGCGUAAAGAUGGUAAAAAGUUAGAAAAUGAUGAUCAUUAUUCUAUCGAGACUGAUGACACGAAUGAAGUUUACAAAUUAAACAUCAAACAUUUAUUGCUCGAGGAUGGUGGAACGUAUACAAUAUCAGCCGUCAACAAAGUCGGUGAAUGCUCUGCUGAUGCCAGAUUGAAAAUACACAUGCAAGAACCAGAAUUUACGAAAGGAUUGGAAGAUAUUCAAGUCCGUGAAUACGCUCAGCUAGAUCUGAAAGUUCGCGCACAAGGUGUACCAAACCCUGAAAUUCAAUGGUCAAAGGAUGGAGAAGAUUUAAAAGAUAGCGAAGAGUUGUCGUUAGAGACAAAAUGUGAAGGAAAUGUUUCCAGCCAACUUACAAUCCCACAUUUCAAAGAAGAAAAUGCUGGACGGUACAAAGUACGUGCACAUAAUGUUGCUGGUCAUGCUGACACUUUAUGUAACGUCAAAUUAGCCCAACUAGCCCCAACAUUUUCCAAGUCUCUUGGGAGAGCUCUCGAAGUGGAAGAAGGAGAACCGUUAGAAUUGAGGUGCAAAAUCGAAGCUAGCCCUUCAGCAAAAAUCAAAUGGUUCAAGGACGGUGAAGAGCUCAAGCCUUCAGAUCAUAUACAAGUCACUCAUAAUCCUGAUGGAUCCGUCAAAUUGAGGAUUGAAGCAGCAACCCCUGGAGAUUGUGGUGCUUAUAAAAUUAUUGUCCAGAACAAUUUAGGAGAAGACGCUAGCAUAUGUGCUGUAGCAGUUAAUCCAAACCCACGAGCACCAGUUUUUCUUAAAAAACUGGAAAAUGUUUCAGUAGGUGAAGAUGAACCUAUGUUCCUCGAAGCACAAGUUUCUGGAUUCCCUCUUCCCGAAAUCAAAUGGUUCAAAGAUGGGUUGCCAAUAAGGCCAUCUCGGGCGGUUAAUUUCAUAAACUCUCCUGGAGGAAUGAUAGGACUUUCAGUGGAAAAAUCAGCCAGCGAAAAUGCUGGAACUUAUUCCGUCCAAAUUUCCAACAAGCUGGGAGAUGCUUCCUGCCAGGCAGAGGUUGACGUGUUGCUUAGAGAGCACAGGCCUGAAUUCCAGGGCCACCUAAUUCCGACCACCGUUGUCGAAGGAUUCCCGGUGAAAUUUUCUAUUAAAGUCGGAGGAAAUCCACCGCCAGAAUUGAUUUGGAGUAAAAACAAUACCCCCAUAGAUAUCGAUGGAGUACAUGUCAAAGUUGAGAAGCUUCCGGAUGGCCAAUACAGCCUUCUGAUUGACAAAGCCUCUCCCUCAGAUGCCGGCCUUUAUUCCGUAACGGCUAAAAACCCAUCGGGCGCAGUGACUUCUGAAGCUAAACUGGAAGUAGCAGAUCAUGCAAGAGGUGAUCAACCUGAAGAACCUCCAUGUUUCGCUUAUAACAUGCGAGACGCUUGGACAGAGGAAGGCUCAUCAGUCACUCUAACAGCUCCUUUCUUGGGUAAUCCCAUUCCAGAAGUCCGUUGGUUCAAAGAAGACAAGGAGUUGAAACCAGAUCAUAGGAUAUCAUUUACUAAUGACGGACAUAAGGUCGGUUUACACAUUGAACCAUGCGAUAUGGAAGAUAUGUCCAAUUACAAAUGCCAGAUUGAAAAUCCACUCGGCAAAGCAGAAACCUCUGCCAAAAUAACAGUCAAGAAAGUAUAUCAUGCACCAGUUUUUGUCCAAAAACUUCACGAUCUUGAUCAGGUUAUUGGUUUGGAUGGAAAACUUGUAUGUCGAGUAACCGGUAAUCCGAAACCAGACAUUAGUUGGUUCUGCAAUGGUAAACCUAUUGUCGACGGAAACCGUUAUCGUAUGAAAAGAGAAGGAGAUAGCUGUAUUUUAUACAUCAAGGAUUGCAGUCCUAAUGACGAUGGCUGUUACACAUGCAUUGCAAGUAACAGAGAUGGAAAAGACGAAUGCAAAGCACAGUUCAGAGCUGUAGAGAAGAUAUUGACAAAGGAAAAAGGAGAGGCACCAUGUUUUUUGAAGAAAAUUGGAGAUCAAGAACUUAUCCAUGGUAUGACUGGUAGAUUUACCGCUUGUAUAUCAGGAUUCCCUGAACCGGAAGUCGAGUGGUUCCGUAACAACGAAAAACUUUACCCGAGCGAAAGAAUUACAAUUGAAAGGGAAAAAACUGGACUUUUGAGACUCUGCAUCGCCCAUGUCGAUCCUGACGUUGAUGCUGGAAAAUACAAGGUGCGAAUAUACAAUGAUCACGGUGAAGAUGAAUGUGAGGCAUCCUUCAGUUUUGAUAACAUGGGUCUUGGUGACAGAAGACCUGUGGGUGAACAAUACAAAGAUUUUGACAAAUUUAAACAUUCUGGAGCCCCGAUGCCAUUGGCAGAUCGUCCCAUUAUCAGCCGAAUGUCAGACAGGAGGCUGACUCUCUCGUGGAAGCCUUCAAUACCAUAUGGUCCUCGUGAACCUGUAACUUAUCAAGUUGAAAUGUGCGAGGUGCCGAAUGGUGACUGGUUCACAGCAAGAUCCGGAAUUAGGAGUUGUGCCUGUGAGAUUAGAAACCUUGAACCAUUCAGGGAUUACAAAUUCCGUGUUCGGGUUGAAAAUAAAUUUGGCAUAAGUGAUCCAUCACCUUAUGAAAUCACCUACAGGACAAAACUUGAACCUGAACCACCGAAAUUCAUUCCAUACUUGGCGCCUGGGGUUGAUUUCCGCCCAGAUUCUUCCCCUUACUUCCCGAAAGAUUUCGACAUUGAAAGACCACCACAUGACGGUUAUGCACAAGCACCUAAGUUUUUGCGUCAAGAGCAUUAUACACAGUAUGGAGUCAAAAAUCACAACUCCAAUUUGUUUUGGUUCGUAUACGGCUAUCCCAAACCAAAAAUGACUUAUUAUUUUAACGAUAAAUUAAUUGAAAUGGGAGGAAGAUACGAUUGCAGUUACACCAGGAAUGGACAAGCUACGCUUUUCAUAAAUAAAAUGUUGGACAGAGAUGUUGGAUCAUAUGAAGCUGUGGCUACAAAUGAACAUGGCGAAGCGAGGCAAAAGGUUCACCUUGAAAUAGCCGAAUAUCCUGAAUUUAUCAAACGUCCUGAAGAGAUGAUCCUUGUAGUCCGUAAUACAGGUCGACUCGAAGCGAGAGUCGUCGGUGUUCCACAACCCGACAUUAAGUGGUUCAAGGAUUGGCAGCCACUUGCACCCUCUUCAAGGAUAAAGAUAAAUAGAAUGGAUCCUGACCAUUGCAGUUUGACUAUAAACGAUGCUAUUAUGAAAGACACCGGUCUGUACAGCAUCACUGCAAGCAAUGUUGCUGGAGCUGUUAGCUGUUCUGUCAUGAUCCAUGUUGAAGAAAAAGAUGAGUAUCCAUUCCAGCAUUAUGGCCGUGGUCAUAAUGUCAAAUGUAAGACUAAACCAAUUAGCGACUAUUAUGAUUUGGGUGACGAACUUGGAAGAGGAACCCAAGGAAUUACUUACCAUGCUGUUGAACGAUCAACAGGAAGGAACUAUGCUGCUAAGAUCAUGCAUGGUCGGAAAGAACUGAAAACACUGAUGCACAAUGAAUUAGAAAUGAUGAAUAUGUUAAACAGUCGUAAGAUCAUUAAAAUACAUGAUGCCUUUGAAACUCUGGAUACUGUGACAUUAAUGAUGGAGUUAGCUAGUGGAGGUGAACUUUUGGAUGUAAUGACUCGCCAACCAUAUACAACAGAAUCUGAAAUUGCAAGUUAUAUCAGGCAGUUAUUGGUCGCUUUGGACUACAUGCACGAACAAAAUCUUGCUCAUCUCGGUCUUACUCCUGGAGAUCUUCUCGUAUCUCACCCAGGAGGUGACGAUUUGAAACUCUGCGAUUUCGGACUUGCUAGAAGAAUCCACCCAGGUCAACUCCAGCCCUUGGAAUUUGGAAUGCCUGAGUUUGUUUCUCCGGAGACAAUCAGAGGAGAGGGUGUUGACUUUUCAUCUGAUAUGUGGAGUGUGGGCGUCAUUACGUAUUUGCUCCUGACAGGAGUGUCACUAUUUAGAGGCACCAAUGACAAAGAAACACUAACCAAGGUGCGUGAAGGUUAUUGGCAAUUUGAUGAAGAAUACUGGACAUAUCUUUCAAAAGAAGCUAGAGAUUUUAUCAGUAAGCUUUUAAUUGUAAAUACCAGUGAAAGGUUGGACGUUAAAGCAGCAUUGAGGCAUCCAUGGCUCAACUAUGCCGACCGUUUACCACCAAAUCUCCAUAACAUACCGACAGAAAAGCUCCAUAAUUAUUUCAACCUUUGGAAAGAUUGGUACAGCAAUGCAUCUUGCCGUACAUGGUAUCGCAGAAGACCUUUGGUAAGUGCUUUCACCCAUCCUUCAAAGAUGGUUUAUCCUCCACAUUAUAUAGCAACUCCUAUGCCGUCACCUGAAAGAGAAAUAAAAGACACGGAUAACAAAUCUACUUGGGCUGAGAAACUUUCAUCACAGCAGCCCAUGAAUUAUGAUCUAGGUGUUAUAUCUUCAGAAAGUCAUUAUCAAAAUGGGCCAGACACGUAUCUGCUUCAAUUGAGAGAUGUUGACUUCCCAGUCCGUAUUAGAGAGUAUAUGAAAGUUGCUGCCCAUCGUGGUUCUGGAGUAUCUUCCUUCCCCGAAGACAACCACUUGGACUGGAGGCUGCCUGUCAUACGAGAGAGAAGGCGUUUUACUGACGUAAUGGAUGAAGAAAUCGAUGAUGAAAGAAAGAACAGGAUCAGCCAAUAUGGUUAUGGUGAUACAUAUACUGUCAGGAGGUUGAAACACGAAUUGGGAAGUCGUUUAGACACACAUGUUGAAGCCGAAGCAAUCAUUGAAGCUACAAGGGGUGGACAGGCUCCAUUUAUGAGGGAAAAACCAAAAAUAACACCAAUCGAAGAAGGUAAACCAGUUCAGUUAUCUUGUUAUGCUGUUGGAGACCCAAAACCUACAAUUCAGUGGUUCAAGAAUGAUAUGAUGUUUGGAAACUCAAAUAGAAUCAAGAUUACUGAGGAUGACAAAGGACGGUCUGUUUUAGAGUUACUCCCAGCUAGCUCUGUAGACGCUGGAAUUUACAAAGUAGUAGCUAGAAACAGUAUGGGUCAAACAGUGUGCCGUACGAGGCUUGUGCAUGCAACUAUUCCGGACGCGCCAGACUCUCCUCAGAUGGCUGAUGUCUCUGAUAGUCAAAUUUUACUCAAAUGGAAACAGCCAAAACAUGAUGGAAAUUCUCCUAUCCUUAGUUAUUCUCUCCAGAGACAACUUGUUGAUGGAUCCACUUGGAAGGAUGUCAGUUGUACAAUCGAACAUGAAUUCUUCCUUGUUGACGGCUUACAACCUGCAACUGGUUAUUUAUUCAGAUUAGCCUCACAAAACUCAAUCGGCUGGAGUGAAUUUGGUAUUCCAUCUGAAGUCAUGAGGACAUUAGAAGAAGGUUGUGAACCGAUCAAGUUAACAAAGGCCAUGAAAAGCCAGCAAGCAUCAGAAAUCAAUGAAGAACUAAAGCCAGCCAAGCAUGAACUCGAUUAUUCUGUUGAGACUUCUCCAAUCCAAUGGACAAAACAGUUGCCGACACAGAAAUAUACAUUUGUGUCUGAAAUUUCAAGUGGAAGGUUUUCUGUUGUGGUAAAAGCGAUCGAUAAAACUACUGAAAAGACCAGAAUCGCCAAAUUGGUAGAUUGCAGUCCUACUUCAAAGCCAAACGUCGAACGAGAAUUUGAAGUUCUCAGAUCAUUGUGCCAUGAGAGAAUAGCUACACUUUUCGAAGCGUAUGCGCCAGUUGAUGAAUCCUAUUCAGUAUUUAUUCUAGAGAAACUUCAGGGCGCUGAUGUUUUAACGUACCUUUCAAGUAGACACGAAUACACUGAGCAAAUGGUCGCUACCAUAAUAUCUCAGGUACUUGAUGCCUUGCAAUAUCUACAUUGGAGGUGUGUAGGUCAUUUGGAUUUACAACCUGAUAAUAUUGUUAUGGCAUCUACGAGAACAUUAGAAGUUAAAUUAGUUGAUUUCGGCUGUGCACAACGUGUCACCAAAUUAGGAAAUGUUGUCCAAUUCCAUGGAAAUCUUGAUUAUACCGCACCUGAAGUUUUAUGUCAAGAACCGGCAUAUCCACAGUCUGACAUAUGGUCAGUCGGAGUUCUUGCAUAUGUAAUGCUAUCUGGUGUGUCACCUUUCCAAGGAGAAAAUGCAGCCGAGACAAAGCAAAACAUAAACUUUGUUAGAUUCCGCUAUGAAUACCUUUACAAAGAAUUGACACAGGAGGCAACCCGCUUCUUGAUGUUGGUUUUCAAAAGGGCUCCAAAUAAGCGUCCUAGUGCUGAAGAAUGUCAGGAACAUAGGUGGCUUCUUCCAUCAGAGUACAUGAUCAAGAGAAGGGAAAGGGCUGUUUUCUUGGGAAAUAGAAUAAAGGAAUACAGUGAGAAGUACCAUCAAGCAAGAAAGGAGGAGGUAAGUUCAGUUGAAUCACUUACAUCACUAUUAACGGGCAAAGGGGCAUUGGAAAGAUCGAACAGUAUCCAAGAAGAAUUGAUCGCAACCUAUUAAAAUUUUAUCACUAACACUGUGCAAUCAUUUUGAAUGUGAAAUUUCAAAAUUUACAGUACCUUCGACAUUUUGUAACUUAAACAAUUUAAAUUUAUUUAAACUGAUUUUCUUUCAAUGGGUUUACUGUUACGAAAUUGUGUAAGGGUUAAAAAUGUAUGAUAAUGUAAUUAAAAAAAAUGCAAUAGGACAUUGUAAU